AUUCGCCCAAUGACAGCCCUCCGAGCGAAAGGCAGUUUCGCUAGUGACCUCCUCUGUCUUCACCUCUAAUGUGCAGCCAUGUUUCGCUCUUUUCAACGUGUCCAGCAGCUGCAGCGCAACUUGCGGACUUUGCCGAGUGUCCGCGCCGACUGUAAAAUCCUCCUCAUAAACCCGUGCAGAAUGGCCAGCUCUGACUUCAGGAUCGAGCGGGACACGUUCGGUGAGCUCAAGGUCCCGGCCGACAAGUACUACGGAGCCCAGACUGUCAGAUCCACCAUGAACUUCAAGAUCGGGGGACCUUCCGAGCGAAUGCCGUUGCCGCUCAUCCAUGCCUUCGGAAUCCUGAAGAAAGCGGCGGCUCAGGUCAAUAAAGACUACGGUCUCGACCCCAAGAUCGCGGACGCCAUUUGCCAGGCGGCGGACGAGGUGGCGGCUGGAAAGUUGGACGAUCAUUUCCCUCUGGUGGUGUGGCAGACCGGCUCCGGAACCCAAACCAACAUGAACGUCAACGAGGUGAUCAGCAACCGGGCCAUCGAGAUCCUGGGAGGACAGUUGGGCUCCAAAGAUCCGGUCCAUCCCAACGACCAUGUCAACAAGAGCCAAAGCUCCAACGACACUUUUCCCACGGCCAUGCACAUCGCCGCAGCCACGGAGGUCCAUCAAGUUGUCAUCCCGGGACUGCAAACUUUGCACGACGCAUUGACAGCCAAGGCGGAGGAGUUCAAGGACAUCAUCAAGAUCGGUCGCACUCACACACAGGACGCCGUGCCGCUGUCACUGGGCCAGGAAUUCAGCGGGUACGUGCAGCAGGUCAAGUACAGCAUAGAACGGGUGAAAGCGGCCAUGCCGCGGGUGUAUGAACUGGCGGCCGGCGGCACGGCGGUGGGAACGGGCCUCAACACGCGUGUGGGCUUCGCCGAGAAGGUGGCAUCCACCGUCUCCACCCUCACCGGGCUACCCUUUGUGACGGCGCCAAACAAGUUUGAGGCGCUGGCAGCCCAUGACGCCUUGGUGGAGCUGAGCGGGGCCCUCAACACGGUUGCAGUGAGCAUGAUGAAGAUCGCCAACGAUGUGCGGUUCCUGGGAUCUGGCCCACGUUCAGGCCUGGGCGAGCUCAUCCUCCCCGAGAACGAGCCAGGCAGCAGCAUCAUGCCCGGCAAGGUCAACCCCACGCAGUGCGAGGCCAUGACCAUGGUGGCCGCCCAGGUGAUGGGCAACCACGUGGCGGUGACAGUGGGCGGCAGCAACGGCCACUUUGAGCUCAACGUCUUCAAGCCCAUGAUAGCCAAGAACGUGCUGAACUCGGCGCGCCUGCUGGGUGACGCCGCCGUCUCUUUCAGCGCCAACUGCGUGUCGGGCAUCCGGGCCAACGUCGAGAGAAUCGACAAGCUGAUGAACGAGUCGCUCAUGCUGGUGACGGCGCUCAACCCGCACAUUGGCUACGACAAGGCGGCUGCCAUCGCCAAGACGGCGCACAAGAAGGGUUCCACGCUCAAGAAGGUGGCCGUGGAGCUCGGCUACCUCACUGAGGAAGAGUUCGAUCGCUGGGUCAAGCCCAGCGACAUGCUGGGACCCAAGUGAACCUGCUCAAAGUUCAUCACGGACGUUUAAUUUAAUUGAUGGGAAUCAUGUGGCUGGACUAAGGGGGGGAGGAAUGCUGCAUUAUAACCGCACACAGAGGAAUGGGUGUGUCAGUACAGUUGAAUUGAUUUUUUUUACAUCAUGUGCCAUCCUAAUUGUUUCCAAAUGGCCUGUGGUUGACACAAUGUAAAUGUAUUGAUUAAAAAGCCAUACUGACGCA